AUGUUCCUCAGAUUCUGGUGGCUUUUGUGGAUACUUGAACAUCAUGAGUUUUUAGCAGAAAAUCUCAGGGAAGAGAAGAUAUAUGGAUUGAGAAGAUCAAAACCUAAAUACAUUCUGUCAAAUAUUGUAGAAAAAUAUCCCAGCUCAAGUGAUCAAGAUGAAGAUUGCAUUCUGGAAAUUGCCUUUUUACUGGACAGCUCCGAAAGUGCUAAGGACUACAAUCAUGAGCAACAGAAAAGAUUUGUACUGCAAACAGUAGACAGAAUGAAAAGUCUGCAGCUUAGUUCUGGACGUACCCUGCGCUGGAGGAUGGCCUUACUUCAGUACAGCAGCACUGUUUUCAUAGAGCAAACUUUCCAUGACUGGAAAGGUCCUGAAGCAUUCAAAUCCCACAUUGCUCCCAUCACCCACAUAGGCCAUGGCACCUACACAACUUAUGCUAUAACGAAUCUCACCCAGCUCUACAUGUCUGAAGGGACUGUGGGUAGUGUCAAAGUAGCCGUGCUUUUCACUGAUGGAGUGGAUCAUCCAAGAAACCCAGACAUUUUUGCAGCUGCAGCUGAUGCUAAACACCAAGGAAUUGUAUUUUUCACAAUGGGAAUUACCAGAGUGGCUGAGGAGGUCAGCAAUGCUGCCAAGCUCCGGCUCCUGGCCAGUGUCCCAGCAUCCCGGUUCGUUUUCAACCUCCAGGAGAAAGGAACUGUGGAGAAGGUUCUCAAAGAAAUGAAAGACCUGUCUGAGGAGGAGUGUCCCCAGGUUGACACAUGUAACUGUGAGAAGGGGGAAAGAGGCCUUCCUGGUCCUGCUGGUAAAAAGGGUCGCACUGGGGACGAUGGAGCUCCAGGCCUGAAAGGAGCAAAGGGGGACCCAGGUCUUAAUGGAAUCCCAGGACGAGAUGGAAUAGAGGGGAAAUCUGGAUAUAAAGGAGAGAAGGGUGAAAGAGGUGAAUGUGGAAUCCCAGGAAUAAAAGGAGAAAGAGGCCCUGAAGGUCCAGUAGGCCCCAGAGGAGUAAGAGGGAUACAGGGUCUGCCAGGACAAUCUGGAGAUCAAGGGCCUGAAGGUCUGCAAGGAUCAAAGGGUGAAAGAGGUCUCCCUGGGCCACCUGGCUUGCCUGGAGAAACUGGAGUAGGACUGCCAGGCCCAAAGGGUGACAUUGGUUUGACAGGAAGACCAGGCCCUGUUGGCCCACCUGGAGUUGGUGAACCAGGAUUCAUGGGGCCUCAAGGACCACAAGGUGUUCAAGGAGAAAGAGGCUCACCAGGAGAAGGGCUUCCAGGAGCAAAGGGAGACCGUGGCUUUGAUGGACCUAAAGGCCCUCGCGGACUUCCAGGCAUCAGCAUAAAAGGUGAAAAGGGUGAGUGUGGCCCCCCUGGUUUACCAGGAUCAGUUGGAUUACCUGGAAUUGGAAUUCAAGGAGAAAAGGGAGUGGAGGGCCCAAAAGGACCACCUGGCUCUAGAGGGCUACCAGGACAUGGGAUACCUGGACCAAAGGGUGAACAAGGCUUGCCAGGAGAGACUGGAGUGCCAGGAGAAAGAGGUAUUGGAGAACCUGGUUCUAAGGGUGAUCCAGGGCCUUCAGGACUGGCAGGUCUGCCUGGUCUUCCAGGAGAAGAUGGAGCCCCUGGACAAAAGGGUGAACCAGGGUUGCCUGGUCUUAGAGGUCCUGAAGGUGCUCCAGGGAUUGGAAUACAGGGGGAAAAGGGAGAUCAAGGACAGAGAGGAAUACGUGGAUUAACAGGACCAACAGGAAUGCCUGGACCUGUUGGAGCUAAAGGAGAGCCUGGUGCACCAGGACGUCUUGGAAUGCCAGGCCCUCCUGGAAGAUCUGUGCCUGGACCAAAGGGUGACAUUGGGUUUCCUGGUCUUCCUGGACCCAUUGGAGAACCAGGUUUUGGGCUUCCUGGGGCAAAGGGUGACCAAGGCCUCCCAGGACCCCCUGGGCCCUUUGGGCAAAAAGGAGAUGGUUAUCCUGGCCCACCUGGCUUGCCAGGCCUCCCUGGGAUUCCCGGUGAGCAAGGCCCAGAUGGAGUUGGACUACCAGGACCUAAGGGUGAUCCUGGUAGUAGAGGACCAGCUGGCCCCGCUGGUCCCCCAGGAAAAGGCUUGCCAGGACCAAAAGGAAGCAUAGGACGCCCAGGGCCACCUGGCUCUCUGGGACCUCCUGGUGAAGGCAUUCAAGGAACUAAGGGGGAACAAGGCAUUCAAGGAAUGCCAGGACCACGAGGCCCCCCUGGAGAUGGGCUUCUGGGAGAGAAGGGAGAUCGAGGAGCUACAGGUGACAAGGGGAAAAAAGGAGAAAAAGGUGAUGUGGGUGACCCUGGUUUAUCUGGAGAACCUGGCAAGAUGGGACCAAAGGGAGACCAAGGCCUAACAAGAGAAGAUGUCAUUAAAUUAAUUAAAGAGAUAUGUGGUUGCAAUAUUAAAUGUAAGGAAAUUCCUAUGGAGCUUGUAUUUGUGAUUGACAGCUCUGAGAGUGUGGGACCAGAAAAUUUUGAGAUUAUCAAAGACUUUGUAACUGCUUUAGUAGACAGAGUAACUGUAGGCAGAAAUGCUACCAGAGUUGGCCUUGUGCUGUACAGUUUAGAAGCUCGGCUAGAAUUUGGGCUCAACAAGUACCCAACCCGCCAGGAUGUCAAGCGAGCAAUUAGAAAAAUGCAGUACAUGGGAGAAGGCACUUACACAGGAACUGCCAUCCGCAAAGCAACCCAGGAAGGAUUUUCUGGUGCUCGAGCAGGGGUGAGGAAAGUGGCUAUUGUGCUAACAGAUGGCCAAACAGACAAGAGAGAAGCUGUAAAACUAGAUCUUGUUGUUCGAGAGGCCCACGCAGCAAACAUCGAAAUGUACGCCAUAGGAAUCGUAAAUACUUCAGAUCCAACCCAGGCUGAGUUUGUGCGGGAGCUGAAUGUGAUUGCUUCAGACCCAGAUGGAGAGCACAUGUAUCUCAUUGAUGACUUUAACACCCUCCCAGCUCUGGAGUCCAAAUUAGUCAAUCAAUUUUGUGAAGAUGAACAUGGCACCUUUGUAUACAACCACAAUGAAAAUGCUGCAAGCAUUAGUGGGCGAUCGUUCCAGUCAGUAUCUCCAAGUUCUUUACACUACAUACUUCAGAAGAACAAUGGUAACAGACAAUCACUUUCAGCACAGACACUCAGAGUAUCUACAACCAACGUACCUCCUGUAGUCUAUGACGCCUACAAAGAGGAACAAGAUGAAGAACAACAGCCAACCCUGCUGACAGGAAACACCAGAGCUGUGUUACCAUUAUUUUCACCUAAACAACCACCAUCCAAUAAAGGUAUAACAUCAUCUCUCUCAACUGCAGGCCCCACACCAAGACCUGAAAGUCCUGUGGGCCUGCGCUGCAAGCUGAGGCUGGAGCAAGGGCCGUGCCGUGCUUACACGAUCAGAUGGUACUAUGACACACAAGCCAAUGCCUGUGCUCAGUUUUGGUAUGGGGGCUGCCAUGGAAAUGCCAACCGCUUUGAGUCUGAGCAGGAAUGCACACAGGCUUGCGUAGUUUUUUCUGGAGCAAAUGGUAACGUCAAGCAUACCAACAAAAAGCGGAGUUUGGCCUCAACUAAAACACCCUCCCCCUUUGUGUUCUCGGAACCCUCAGCCCCUCUCGUCACGGGCCCACAGGGAGCUCGGGGCAUUUCCCGCCCGCUGCUGUAUUUCAUCCAGCUGGUGUCCAUCUCCGAAUGGGUGCAACGGGCUCCUCGCCAACCCAGGGACAAGCUUUAG